GAUCAAUGUGAAUUCUUCCAUUCACCACUCACUGCUGCACAGCAUAUUCCUUCCCCCCAGAGCAACAUUUUAAUGGCUCGAGCUGUACAGAAUAUUGGGCUCCUGCUGUUGCUGUCCUGUAGCAUAUCAAAUGCCCAGGGCUGGACAAGUUGGCUUUGGAGGAGUUCAGAGAAAACAACCCUCCCUCCUACAAAAGCUGUUGAUACUGAGGAUCAGACGACACAUCAGCUUGCCACAUCCGAAGCGACCACCUUGAACAUCCCCCCUGAAAGCACCACACGGCAAACAGGAAGAGUAUGGAAUAUAUUCACCCUUAAGAGGCCAGAUCUGACUACAGACACGACUGUCCCUACAACAGCUACUGCAUCUCCUUCUGAGCUGGGAGGCCGAGAGGGAAAUAUUGCAGGGGUAGGGGCUGAGAUACUAAAUGUGGCUGAAGGAAUCAGGAAUCUGGUUCAGCAAUGGGAUAAAACAGCAACUAAAGGGACAGAGAGGACCGAGGCACCGCCAGUGACAGCUGGUGUUUUGGAAGCAUCACCUCUUCAUGCAGUGGAGCUUGUUGCUAUCCAGAAUGUUACUGCCAACUUGACAGACAACAUGCAGAUCUUGCUGGAAACUCAGCAGCCCCAACUUGCUCUUUCCGUGACUACAAAGCCCAACUUUCUAUUGAACAAGACUCAAGUUCUGUUAAAGAAGCCUGAGACUCCACUCCCAGGUAGUGCUGCUUUCUCAUUUUCACCAGAUGAUCAAGCCAGCAGGGAUGUGUUGGCUUUUCAAGAAUCCACAGAUGCAGGGCAAGAAGGUGCUACCCCUCCAGAACUAAGGGCAAAGCAGGGAGCUUUCUCAGAAAAACGAGGAAUUGUAUCCAGUGCAAAUGCCUUGGAAUUGCAGACGCCUCAGGCUAAUGGCAGCGUGCAUGUCGGAAUUACAUCCAAGGUGGUGGGUGCUUCAGGCAACUGGCUAUCCCUUUAUGUUGCAAAUUCAAACCAAUCGGCCUCUGAUGGCAAUAGUACCCAUCUCAACCUUAAAAAUAAUCCCUUUAAGCAUUCUGGGAUACCAGUAGCUGGUGCAAAUAAGAACUACUCUAGUGAUUCUGUUUCUAUGCAACUAAUGCAUAGAAAUGCAACUAAUUUAACGGAUUUUUCCCUUGCCAGUAACUCUGAAUCUCUUGAGUUUCUACUAACAUACACUAUGCAACAUUUUAGCAAUAGUAGUACAGGGCUUCCUUCCUUCUUUUCUGGAUUGACUCCAGCAGCUGGCCACUGCUUGCCCUUACCAACCAAGCUGUCAUAUUGCAACAACCUGGGCAUGAAGCAUUUCCGAGUGCCGAAUUAUUUGCAUCAUGGCAGUGUGGAGGAAAUUCGGGCUGCUUUGCAUGAGUGGGAGGGGCUUCUUAAAUCUCGGUGUCACCGCUACUUGGAGUGGUUUUUCUGCUUGCUACUGGUACCUGGGUGUAACGCUUCUCUUCCAAUAACACCUCCACCAUGCCGGGGAUUUUGUGAGGCCCUGAAAGAUCUUUGUUGGAUUCAUUUGAAAGAGGGGCAUCUUCCGAUAUCAUGCGACAGUCUCCCAGCGGAGGAUGGUGUAUAUUCAUGUGUGUUUGUUAAUGUUUCAGCAGAAAAUUUCAGCACAGAAGUUGGUCUCUUAGAACUGAUUGGGGAUCCCCCGCCAGACCAGAUAACCAAAAUAUAUGGCCCUGACAACAGUCCUGGCUAUGUGUUUGGAUUGGAUGCCAACACUGGCCAGGUGGCCCGUUACCACCUUCCUAGUCCCUUUUACAGAGACUUCUCACUCCUGUUUCACAUUCAGCCCACAUCGGACAAGGCAGGGGUGCUGUUUGCCAUCACAGAUGCUUCCCAGUCGAUUAUCUAUGUUGGUGUGAAACUUUCAGAGGUGAAGGAUGGGAAGCAGAAGAUAAUCUUCUACUACACAGAACCUGGCUCUCAGAAUUCCUAUGCUGCUGCUACAUUCAUAGUGCCUUCCCUUGUCAAUCAGUGGACUCGCUUUGCCAUCAGCGUCGAGGAGGAAGAGGUGGUUCUCUACAUGGACUGUGAAGAAUUUGAGCGAGUCCAUUUUGAGCGCUCACCUGAUGAGAUGGAUCUGGAAGAAGGCUCUGGGCUUUUUGUGGCGCAAGCUGGAGGGGCUGAUCCAGACAAGUACCAGGGAGUAAUUGCAGAACUGAAAGUGAAAGGAGACCCCCGGGCAGCUGAUGUCCACUGUGAGGAUGAGGAGGAUGAUUCUGAUAUGAUGUCUGGCGAUGGUGGGAGUGGGGCUGAAGAAAAGCCACAACCAUCGGAAAAGGAAAGGGGGAUUCCAGUGCCUUUAAGCCUCCCAGAACCUCCACCUGUCACUUCUCCUCCCACUGAUAAAAAGCCUGUACAGCCAGAAGAGAAACCCGGUUUGCAAACUGAACUAACCAAACCAGAAGAGAGGCCACCAUUUGCUUCUGGAGUUGGAGCCAAAGGUGAAAAGGGGGAUCCAGGCGAAAAAGGUGAACGUGGCCCUAAAGGGGAUUCCAGGGUUGGUGGAGUUCUGCCAGCAGGUGGUGCAAAAGGUGAAAAGGGAGAGAAAGGAGAGCUGGGUGUUAAGGGAAAUGCAGGCUUUGGGUAUCCAGGCUCUAAAGGACAGAAAGGCGAACCUGGUGCAAAAGGAUCUCCUGGCCCUGCUGGCCCCCCCGGCCCUCCGGGGACAAUUGUGCAAGGCCCUGAUGGCUCAGUUAUAGAGCAAGUUACUGGACCUCCAGGACCCACAGGUCCACCAGGACUGCCUGGGAAAGAUGGUGUACCUGGAAAGGAUGGCGAGCCUGGGGAUCCUGGUGAAGAUGGUAAACCAGGUGAUGUCGGCCCUCAGGGAUUUCCUGGGACCCCAGGGGAGUCUGGCCAAAAAGGAGAAAAGGGUGAUCCAGGAGUUGGUUCACAAGGUCCCCCUGGUCCACCGGGACCACCUGGGCUACCUGGAUUUAGUUCUAAACUGGACAAAUUGACAUUUAUUGAUAUGGAAGGCUCUGGCUUUGGAGGUGACUUGGAAAGUUUACGGGGACCCAGAGGACCUCCUGGGCCCCCAGGGCCUCCUGGAGUGCCUGGCUUGCCAGGACAACCUGGGAGAUUUGGGAUGAAUGGCACUGACCUUCCAGGACCACCCGGCCUCCCUGGAGUACCAGGCAGAGAUGGAAGCCCAGGACUUCCAGGACCUCCGGGCCCUCCCGGUCCUCCAGGAAAAGAUGGGAUCCCUGGCCUGCCUGGGGCAAGUGGAGCAAAUGGAGAACCAGGAGAACUAGGCCUUCCAGGAGCACCUGGACCCAAGGGCAGUAAAGGAGAUGCAGGAUUGCCAGGAACACCAGGGGAAACUGGCCUGGCAGGCCUUCCAGGGCCCAUGGGUCCCCGAGGACAGCCUGGACCUCCUGGUCCACCUGGGCCAGGCUUUGCACCUGGAAUUGAUGAUAUGGAGGGCUCAGGACUGCCAUUUGUUUCUGCUCUCCCUGGAGCACGUGGACCAGAAGGGCCACAGGGCCCACCAGGACUUCCAGGGCUCAAGGGAGAUGCUGGCAACCCUGGUCUUCCAGGAGAGAAAGGAGAAAAAGGAGAUGCAGGAUUGCCAGGACUGGAUGGUCGGCCUGGACUGGAGGGUUUCCCAGGGCCACAGGGGGCAAAAGGUGACAAGGGGAACUCAGGCGAUAAAGGUGAACAAGGUCAAGACGGAGUAGGAUUUCCUGGGCCCCCCGGCCCCCCCGGCCCUCCAGGUCAAGUCGUCUAUCUGACUAGUGAUGAUAGAAGCUUAUCUAGUGUACCAGGCCCAGAGGGAAAACAAGGACACGCUGGUUUCCCAGGACCGGUCGGACCGAAAGGUGACACAGGAGCCCCAGGUUUCCAAGGCUCUGUGGGACCAAAGGGCGAAAAAGGAGAACCAGGUGUUAUAAUUGGUCCAGAUGGAACUAUCAUAGCAGCUCAAACAAAGGGAGAAAAGGGUGAGCCAGGCCCAAGAGGACCCGCGGGACCAGCAGGGCCACCUGGGCGGUAUGGACAGAAAGGAGAAAUUGGCUUUCCAGGAAGACCUGGUCGGCCUGGCAUGAAUGGGUUGAAGGGAGAAAAAGGUGACCCAGCAGACUCAAGUGGAGGGCUGGGCUUAAUGGGUCUUCCAGGUCUGCCUGGGCCACCUGGGCCUCCAGGACCCCCAGGCAGUGUAGUGCCUGUUUAUGACAAUAAUGCAUUUAGCGAGAUGGGCCCUCCCGGACCUCCAGGGCUGCCUGGCUACCAUGGUGCUCCUGGUCAGAAGGGAGAAAAAGGCGAGAUGGGUGCUCCAGGGCUUCCAGGCCAGUUCCCUUAUGAUCUCAGCAGAUUUGGCUCACCAGUUACGGGAGAAAAGGGGGACCAAGGGGACUCUGGGGCAAAAGGUGAAAAGGGUGAGCCAGGUGGUGGAGGAUUCUUUGGCUCAAGUGUCGCAGGAUCUCCAGGUCCUCCGGGAUAUCCUGGUCUUCCGGGCCCCAAAGGGGACAGUAUCAGGGGCCCACCUGGCCCUCCUGGCCCUCAAGGACCUCCUGGCACAGGAUCUGAGGGACGGCCAGGAGCUACUGGUCCUCCUGGACCUCCUGGACCUCCUGGUCCCCCUUCUUUUCCAGGUCCCCAUAGACAAUCUGUCAGCAUUCCUGGCCCACCAGGGCCUCCAGGGCCUCCAGGACCUCCAGGCAUUGGUGAUGCAUCUUCAGGGCUGCGAAUCCUGCCAACUUAUCAGAGCAUGAUGACCAGAGCUCACGAAAUGCCUGAAGGGCAGCUCUUCUUCAUCCGGGAUAGAGAAGAACUCUAUAUCCGUGUCCGCAAUGGUAUCAGGAGAGUCCUUCUUGAGGAAAGAGUAUCUAUCUCUGGUCCUGGUCUGGACAAUGAGGUGUAUGACAGGCCUCCCAGAAACCACUACCCACAAAGUGGGGGCAUAGCAUCAUCUGGAUCCCAGCGCCCAUUCCAGCAGCAUUUACCCUUGCAUCCACACCGAGAAUAUAGUGUCUACUCCACUGCCAAGCCAUGGAGAGGAGAUGAGAGUGUGGCCAACCAACAUCGUCUUCCUGAGCAACCUGUCAUUCACCAGCCUCAUCAGGGAGCACAGCAAGAGCAAGUGAAUGCCUUCUUCCACAACAGCCGCCAGUCUGAAACUCUUCCUUCUGCUGUUCAUAUGCACCACGACUUUCAGCCUGCACUCCACCUUAUAGCCUUGAACACGCCUCUGAGUGGCAGUAUGCGUGGCAUUCGAGGAGCUGACUUCCAGUGUUUCCAGCAAGCCAGGGAGGUUGGACUGACAGGCACUUUCCGAGCAUUCCUCUCAUCUCGGUUGCAAGACCUCUACAGCAUAGUGCGCAGAGCUGACAGGAGCACUGUGCCUAUAGUCAAUCUCAGGGAUGAAGUGCUGUUUACUAACUGGGAAUACCUAUUCUCAGGCUCUGAGGCUCCCUUUAGAACUGGAGUUCCUAUUCUCUCCUUUGAUGGAAGGGAUGUUUUGAGAGAUUCUGCUUGGCCUCAGAAGUCUGUGUGGCAUGGCUCCGACUCCAAGGGACGACGGUUAACAGAGAGCUACUGUGAGACGUGGCGGACAGAUGACACGGUGGUGACAGGGCAGGCUGCCUCACUGGCUUCAGGCAAGCUGCUUGAGCAGAAGAGCAGCAGCUGCAGAAAUGCCUUCAUUGUCCUGUGCAUCGAAAACAGCUUCAUGACUUCUUCUCAGAAAUGAAACGGCGUACGACAAAAGUGCUGACUGCAAGUGGAGAGUGGAAGCCUGUUGUUGCCCUCAAGCAGAGGGGAACAGGUGAUGGUUCCUCCCCACCUCACCCCCAAUCAGGAUAGUGUGCCCAGCCAGUUCCACAAUAUAGCAGUGAAGCAGAUAAAUGAGCAAAAAAGCCAAAGAGUGUCUUCCUAUGGUCUCCACAGCAGACUUGGUGCUGAAUGUGUUCCUUCCUGCCUUUUUGGCAUGGUUGUGAAUAACACAUGUCUGCCCGAAGGGCUGGGACAGGUCAGGCUUGUGUGCAAAGCAACCUUCAGGCAAGUAUGGUACAUGAAAUGGUCUCUUUCUCACUUUAGCCAUGUACACAUGAUACAAAGAAUGUAUGUACAAUCUGUGUACAGUGUACACUUAAAUUUUUCUUUGUACAAGCAUUGAGUAAUUUUUAGAUUAGGUUCAAUGCAUGUACAGGUGAAUGUGUGAUUUUGAAACCUCACAUUUACUGGUCCCCAGUUUAAUUUUUAAAGCAUACACACAUUGAUUCUUUCUUACAAACAGAUGUAUUAAUGUACAUGCAUUCACUAUAACUUGUGAACAGGGCUCAUCUUUCUCUUUAAUCAUGCUCAUAUUUAACCUUGAAUUGUAUCUUUUGUUACAAAUUUUUCUGUCUCUCUCUUCCCUCCAACUCCACUUAGGGUGUAGAUCAGAAAUGCUAUUUAUUGGGGCUUAGCUGCCAUACACAAGAGGCUCUUCAUAAAGCACAAAGGUUGUGAUACUGCUAUCUUUAGGAGCCCACUCCUCUGAGUUUGACCUACAGUUACCUCUGCAUGGCACAGCCAGGCAGUUUUGGCACUGCCUGCUCUUAUUCUGGGAGAAGAGUGCUAAGGAUCACAAACCAGACCCUGCUGGACAGUGCAUGGUGGGCACUUAUGGGCUUUAUAAACACUGAACAGGGUUCUUUCUGUGCCCAGGAACCAUCAUGAUCCUCCCACCCCCACCAAAUGUCUGAUGCAUCAGCUGGCUUAAUAGUUUUGCAUAUGUUGCCUUAUAUUCCAAAGUGCACAUUCAAAAUAAUACCAUUCUUGUCUCACAAUAUUUCUGGUUACAAUUUUUGUUGCAGAAUUUAUAGCAUGCUCUGUUAAAACAUCCUGCCCAGUGGCAUGUGGAUUAAGGGCACAAGUCUUGCUUUGCACAGUGCUUCCUUUCCUCCCAUCACACAUCUCCCCACCCCGCAUCUUUCACUCUUUUAGUUUUUCUAGUUCUGAAAGAGAACCAGAGGUAUUAACAACCACCACCUUAAAAAGCAAUGUGUUUGAUUUUGCCCAGACAUUUCCUUUGGGCCUGGAAAGAACAGGAGACAAAAGUUAUCAUUAAAAGAAGCCAAUGCUUUUUUUGUUUUAAUAAGAAUUCUUUUUUACAUCUUUCUUGCCCUGGCACCUUCUUGACUUUCCAGCCAGGAGGAUAUACCGUACUGUUGGCAAGCCUUUAUACAGAAAAUGGACUGGUGCAA